UUCAGUUUGUAUUACAGAUCCAUGGUCCAGGGCAGUCAACUGUGGUCUAGUUCAGGUUGUGUAAGGUAACCCAAAUAAAAGUCACCGUCUUCCAUAACGGUUUAUUACAACUAUCGCAGUGUUUAUUAAAUAAAGUCAUGAAUCCGGACAUUCUUAAAGAGCGACAGAAUGCUUCUUUUGACGUCCAGAAACUCAUUUAUAUUUUGGAUGGUGGGCCCGAAAAGACCAAAAGAAAACGAGAAAUUGUGUCACUGGUCGCAAAUGAUCCAGACUUUGAUGAAGUGGACCCAAAUUUCCUGUCUCGCAGUGAGCGUUAUGAUCAAGCUGUAAGAAAGAGCGCUCAAAUGAUCUUGAAGCUUAGAGAGUAUGGCAUUGCAGAUCCAGAGGAGAUUUACAUCUACAAGAGCUCUGUGCACCCAGGGAGGCCAGAGCCUUUGGAUCUUCAUUUGGGGAUGUUCCUGCCUACAUUGCUCAAUCAAGCCACCCCAGAGCAAAUGGAUCAGUUCUUCAUGCCCGCUUGGAAUCUAGAGAUCAUCGGCACCUACGCUCAAACUGAGAUGGGCCACGGGACUCAUCUGAGAGGCCUUGAAACCACUGCCACUUAUGAUCCAGCAACACAAGAGUUUGUCUUAAACAGUCCCACAGUUACCUCCAUCAAAUGGUGGCCCGGAGCUCUUGGAAAGACGUCAAACCAUGCUAUUGUUUUAGCUCAGCUUUAUACUCAUGGACAUUGCCAUGGUCUGCAUGCUUUUAUUGUACAGCUCCGACACAUGGACACGCAUGAACCUCUUCCAGGCAUUUUGGUUGGUGAUAUUGGGCCUAAGUUCGGCUUUUGUGAAGUUGACAAUGGAUUUUUGAAACUGGAUAAUGUUCGGAUUCCACGAGAAAACAUGCUCAUGAAAUAUGCAAAGGUGGAGCCGGAUGGUCGCUAUGUGAAGCCCCCCAGUGCCAAGCUCACCUAUGGAACAAUGGUGUUUGUUCGGUCCCUUAUUGUUGGUCAGUCUGCCAUAAACUUGGCUAAGUCAUGUACAAUUGCCAUUCGCUACAGCGCUGUACGUCAUCAGUCUGAAAUUCGUUCCGGAGAACCUGAGCCCCAGAUCUUGGACUAUCAAACACAACAGUACAAACUUUUCCCUUUGCUGGCAACAGCCUAUGCAUUCACCUUUGUGGGUCAGUACAUAAGCCAAACCUAUCAUCGUAUCACUGGAGACAUCAACCAUGGAGACUUCAGUGAACUGCCAGAGCUCCAUGCCCUCUCUGCUGGACUGAAGGCCUUUACCACUUGGGCAACUAACAGUGGCAUUGAAGUGUGCCGCAUGUCUUGUGGUGGACAUGGUUAUUCCUGCAGCAGUGCCUUUCCUGACCUUUAUGUACAGUUCACUCCCACCUGCACAUAUGAAGGGGAAAAUACUGUUAUGAUGUUGCAGACUGCAAGAUACCUGGUCAAAAGCUACAGGCAAGCCAAAGCUGGUCAACAGCUGAAAGGCAUUAUGGCAUAUCUGAAUGACAUGGAGCAGCGUCAAGUCCGAGCCCAUCCGGCCUCUGCCAGGCCAACCGUCGUGGACAUCAAUGACCUGAGUAACCUUGUGGAAAGCUAUAAACUACGGGCUGCAACACUUGUUGAGUCUGCUGCCAGAAGCAUCCAGCAAGAGUUACAGAAGAGGAAAAGUCAAGAAGACGCUUGGAACAACAGUGCUAUUGACUUAGUCAGAGCCUCAGAUGCCCAUUGUCACUAUGUGGUAGUGAAGCUCUUCACAGAAAAGCUGAGUGAGAUCGGGGACACAGCCAUACACUCGGUGCUGUCCACCCUGGCUCUGUUGUAUGCUCUGCAUGGCAUCACAAAAAACUCUGGGGACUUCUUGCAGGCUGGACUUCUGACUGUGCCUCAGAUGCAGCAGAUCUCUGUGCGUAUCAAAGAGCUGCUGUGUCUGCUCAGACCCAACGCUGUUGCACUGGUGGAUGCCUUUGAUUUCAAUGACAAAAAUCUCAACUCUGUCCUGGGACGAUAUGAUGGAAAUGUUUAUGAGAACCUGUUUGACUGGGCCCGGAGGUCACCACUCAAUGCUACAGAGGUCCAUGAGUCCUUUCACAAGUACCUGAAGCCUCUGCGGUCCAAGCUCUGAGUAUAAGGCAGGUUGAUGGACACUGCUGCUCUGAAGCGUAUAUAAUCUCACAAUAUAUACACAUUUUGGGUUAGCGUUGAUACACAGUACAAUAAUAAUUAAUAAUGAGUUUGUAAAUGGAGGUAAAAUGUAAUCACAUUUGUAAUGUUGCAAAAUAUCGCAGUAUAGCAUGUUGGAAUGUGAACAUUAAAAGUUCAAAGAAAUAUUUUCUAGUGAAACAUAUUUUUAUAAUCAUUUAUACCUAGUUUUCAUUUGCAAACUAUGACUAAACUAUGAGAUUUUUGUCUACUCUAAAAUUAAAUUAUGCACAAUUAUUGUUAUUUUUUUAUUUUACUUGAACAGUAUAAUAUAGUUACUAUUUUAAGUAAUAAAACCAUUCCUUUUCUUGAUGUGAAAUAAUGCACUUUGGAUGAGGAUAUCCCAAAUUUGUCAAAACAUUUUGUAAUUUUGUGUGAACUCAAUCUUUGCAUAUUAUUGCUGAAAGGAAUAGGGCAGUUUUUACUUAGGAUGACUUGACUAUGUCUCAAUCACUGUGUUUCUAUGAAAUUCUGAAUAUUUUUUUUCUAAUUCAUUUACUAUGUUAAUCACAAUCAGCUGCACUCACAACUAAUCUUAAAAGGUGUUGGUCUCUGGAAGCUGCCAUGUGCCUGUUUUAUUUUUGUUGUAUGCUAAAUGAAGAUGUGUGUGUAAAAUAGAAAUUUAUUUGCUCUUAAUAAAACUGGGUUAUAUAAUCACUAA